ACGUGACCGCGGUGACGUCAGGGGGCAGGCGGAGGAGAGGGAUUACUUUGUGAUCUUCUAACAAACUGCUGCUCGGACCGAGGAACCUCCGACACUCAGUCGGUCUGUUCUGUCUCUGUCUCGUCGUCUGCUCCUCUCUCUCUCUCUCUCUCUCUCUCUCUCUCUCUCUCUCUGUUUCCUUCUGGUGUAACUCUGGUGGGUUCCCGCCUGUUGCUGCUUCCUCCUCUUCCUCCUCUUCUUCUUCUUCUGCAGCUGCUGCGGACACGAACUUCAGUCUGUGGAGAAAGUGAUGGAACACUGAACGACCCAACGACGAGAGCUGUGACCGACAGGACCGACAGACAUGGGGAAGCAGAACAGCAAGCUCCGUCCCGAGGUGAUGCAGGACCUGCUGGAGAGCACCAACUUCACCGAGCACGAGAUCCAGGAGUGGUACAAGGGCUUCCUGAAGGACUGCCCCAGCGGCAACCUGUCAAUGGAGGAGUUCAAGAAGAUCUACGGCAACUUCUUCCCGUACGGCGACGCGUCCAAGUUCGCCGAGCACGUCUUCCGCACGUUCGACGCCAACGGCGACGGGACCAUAGACUUCCGGGAGUUCAUCAUCGCGCUGAGUGUCACGUCGCGUGGCAAGCUGGAGCAGAAGCUGAAGUGGGCGUUCAGCAUGUACGACCUGGACGGGAACGGGUACAUCAGCAAAGAUGAAAUGCUGGAGAUAGUACAGGCGAUCUACAAGAUGAUGUCCACGGUGAUGAAGAUGCCUGAGGACGAGUCGACGCCUGAGAAGAGGACCGAGAAGAUCUUCAAGCAGAUGGACACCAACCGGGACGGCAAACUGUCUCUGGAGGAGUUCAUCAAGGGGGCGAAGAGCGACCCCUCCAUCAUCCGCCUGCUGCAGUGCGACCCCAGCAGCGCAGGACAGUUCUAAAGCCGAGGCGCCGACAGAAACCAAGCCUCUUCAGGUGACUCUAAACGCCCUCGACUCUCCUCCACCCACGGAGCCGACUGAAGAUGAAGGAUGACGACGCUGACGAUGAAGACGGGCCUUCGAUUUGCACUGAGGACUUCACAGACGGGCCACGGGAGCCACAUCCUUGCAGUUUUGCCAAAUUGAAAACACCGUUUAUCUAAAACUUCCAAACACAAAAACAAGAAGUGAACUUUGAGACUUUAGAAGUACCCCCCCCCCCCCCCCUCAGUUCUCCUGUUGGCAUGUCAGAGUGUGGAGAAGGUCCACAGUAGGUUGUGUACAUAUAUACAGUAUAAACUGGAGUCUGUAUCAGUGUCUUUGCUUGGCUCUCUGCGCCCUCGGAGGCUCCAGGCGGGGGCGACACCGAGCCCCCGUCACUCACAUGCGUGUCAUCGAUGGAGAAGGAGAGAGACGACGGUGUUGAAUAUCACGACGCGGCGUAGGUGAGAUCUUUGCGCUUCAUGCGAGGAGCGUUCGCACAAACAGAUUUGCUCUUGAAUCGUUCGUACGAGCGACUUAGGAGAACUUCCCCCGCACUCUCGUGAAUUAGUCUGCUGUCAAUCGAACCCCAGUUUUCUUCAUCACUUUGAAGCGAUUAUAAGGAAAAAUGAAAAUAUUAUAUAAAACAUAUAUAUAAAUGUCACCUCAUGACGUGGACAUUAUUCUGUUUAAUUCUGCAAUUCAAAUGGUGAUACAAUUUCUAAAUGUGUUUGUGUACUACUAUGCAUAUUACACCCGAAUCAAUGGUCUGAUUUUGUGACGUGUCACUGGUGUAAUAAAAGUAUCAUCUGUCCCACUGGGGUUUUUCAUAUCGGUGAGAAUUUGACGGAGUUGGUUGGAGCGUCAGUGUUCUGACGCUGCCGCUCUAAAAUCGAUAUAGAAAACUAAUCUCUGAAGUAUUAUGAGUAGUGUAGAUAUUUUAAAAGCGCAACUACAUUUGUUAAAGCAAAAUCCACCUAGUACAGAAUGCUCGCUUCAUAACAACUGUUGUGAAGUAAUAACACAAAAAAUGAAACCAGUGUACUUAAGCGGUCGCUGGAUAUCAAGCAUGCAAACCACUUUCUUACUUUGGUUCACGUGCUGUGUGAUGAACAGAAACACGCUUCCUCCUCACUCAUUCUCCGGGCGUCUUCAAACGCUGCAUGUUUGAACAGUUGGGUACAGUUGGCUGCGUAGACUAAUUAACGUGUGCAUGUGACUCGUGUGCAUGCGUGUGUGAUUUUCAACGUGCGUUUAUGGAUUUAUGGAUGACCAAAAGAGGCCAGUCGUCCACUCCGCUCUGAGCCCCCCCCCCCCCCCCCCCAUCGUACGUCGGUGUGGUCAUCCUUUCGUUCUACCAGUGGUCAGUGUUAUUGACGGCGAAUGAACUGCCAAAGCUGAAACAUGUAAAGGUUCAAAUGUGAGCAGCUUCACGGAGGGAAGCAAAGAGGAGGACGACCAAACUGCACACACGCCAUUUAACAGGGACGCUGUUUCAGUUGAGCUCAAUAAUUUAUCGGCAUUUACAUAAUUUAGAGCGUUAGAGGAGGUCACUGACACGAUGUUGGGCGACUAACACAAACACGUGCAGUGACUUGAUGAACGUUCGUCGGCCUCCUCUCCUCUCCCUCCGUCUUCUAGGAAGUUCAUUCCUGGUGCAGGGAAACGUCCCUGAGCCCUUCCUCAGUUCUGAGCCGAGCCCCUUCUCCGUUCUGUUUCCCAAUCUUUGAAUGUUUUAUUGAAUAACUGCUGUUUUUUCUUUCGCUGUUUUUUGUCUUUGAAGAAAGAGAAGAGAAAAAAUAGACGCAGACAAACACCGAGAAUCACAACUACUGCGAUGAUACUGUCUCACACACACAAUGUGUUGCUUUUACUGUAUUUUGAUGAUUUCCCAUUUCUCUUUUGAAAAGCUGCGUCACGCAUAACAUUUCUUCUGUUAAAACACAAAAUCGCAUCUUGUGCCAAAUAAAAACAAAAAAAAAACAGUUUUGUAUAUCGAUUUAUACUGUGUAACAAAAUGUUUGUAUCUGUUGCAUUUUGUAGGUUUUUGUAAGGUCUUCUGUAUUUAGUGACUGCAGUUUUGGAACAGGAUUCUGAACAGGAUUUCUUUUGUUGUUGUCAACUUUAAAAAGGCUAGAAUUAAAAUUGUGUGCAAACAUUCA